AUGGCGCUGCCGACGGGUCAAAAGAUCGUGGAGUUGACGCCUUGUCAGCUUGAGAUCGAAAAGCUUUUCACAGGACACUACACGGGGGGCUUUCACUCUGCAGCCUGACGGCUGGUACCUCCCGCAGGCCAUGAAGAAAUAUUGCCAGGAAAUUAAGGAUUUUGAGUUCGAAGAGAAUGACGUCCUAGUGAUGACUGUGCCGAAAGCAGGCACCACUUGGACUCAAGAGGCCGUCUGGACCAUGAGGAAGAACCCCAACCUCGAUAACCCGGCUAGCAGUCUUCCUCUCCACGUGCGAUCUCCCGUUCUCGAAGCUGACAUUCUUGCUGAAGGGCUAAGCCUCGACCAGAAAGGAGGUUUUGCUGAGCUAACGAAGGAACAGGGCAAGGAUCCCAACAAGGGCGUGUUCAUCAACAUCGCAAGGGCCGCGGAGAGACCGCGAAUUUUCAAAACGCAUCUCUCUUUCACCUUCAUCUCGGACACGGCACUCUCAAAGGCAAAGGUUGUGUACACUAUAUCCGCGACCCUCGAGACCUCUGCCUCUCGUAUCACCAUCACUCACGCCUCUUCAAAACACGUGAAGGCAGCUUGGGACCGUCGCCACCUGCCCAACAUGCUCGUCCUCUUCUACGAGAAGAUGAAGAAAAAUCCCAAGGCGGAGUUCACGAAGCUCAGCAAGUUUCUGGGUGUCGACCUGAACGAGGAACAAAUUGACAAGAUUGUUCACCACACGAGUUUCCCGGAAAUGAAGAAGCGCGACGACCACGUCAUCAAUAAAGGCGAUGAGGCGAUCUUCUUUGACCUGCUGAUUGCCAAAGCGGAAGGCGGCUUCUUCAGAUCAGGAUCGUCUGGCGGAUGGAAGGAAGUAUUGUCGGAGAAACAGCAGGAGCGAUUCAAAGUUUGGAUGGAGAAGAACUGUCCCGACAAGGAGAUCUUAGAUAACUUCAACAACCCUUAAAAGAAUUAUUUGCGAUUGGUUUAUUCUCGUGGUUUCGAAAAAUGACUACCACAAAUUUCGUAAACAAAUGUACUGCAUAACCGCGAUUUGCCAACAACGUAAUUGCCGAUAACAGGCAAAUUUGUAGUUAGCGAGCCUUGAAGUUAUUUCAAUGUCGAGUAAGAUUUAUAAAUAAGACAUCAAAAUUUCUAGUCUUUGGUCGGUAUUACGAGCGAAAGAAACAGUUGACGGCAAUAAUGACAUGUGAACGGCUUUGAAUGUGAAUUUCAACACCAUUGCCGAAUAGUUUUGCUUAACAAAUUUUUAGAGUGGGUUCGAAUAGAGACAGUUUGUUCUCUUUGAUACCUGAAACAAUCUAUGCAGCCUUUACAGCUUUCAUCUGAAGAAUAUUAAUUUUCGAGUUUUAUUUGAAACACAUUUCUACGUUAUGAAAGGCCCGCCACACUACAUUGGUGGAUGACAGAAGGACCUUCCUACGCUGUAUUACAAUAUACAGGGUCCGCCUUAUAUAUGCCAACA